AUGGCGAGCUCCUUCGAGAAGUCGGUGAAAGGCGGCACGAAGAUCAAGCUCGCAGCACCCAAAUCCAAAUAUGUCGAGCACAUCCUCGUCGCCACUCACGCUGGUGAGGCAGGCGUCGCAGAGAUCUUUCGGGCUUUGACCAACCGACUCCGAGAUUCGACAUGGACGAUUGUGUUCAAGAGCCUUAUUAUCGUGCAUCUUAUGAUACGGGAGGGAGAGCCCGAAGUUACGCUCAAGUUCUUAGCGCAGAAUCCACAUCGCAAACUGGCUAUAAAUCACUUCACCGAGGUCCAAACGCAGGGUCACAAUAUCCGCACCUACUCGGAGUACCUACUUCGACGAGCAAUUGAAUAUGGCGCCACGAAAGUCGAUUACGUUCGAGGAGGCGAAGGCCGACUCAAACGGCUCAGCAUCGAUAAGGGCUUGCUUCGGGAAACAGAGAGCGUUCAGGAACAGAUUCGCUAUCUGCUGAAAUGCGAGCCCUUUGCCGAGGAGGUGGAGAACGAAAUCACGUUGACCGCCUUCCGGUUGCUUACUAUGGAUUUACUGGUGCUCUUCCAUGUCAUGAAUGAGGGCACCAUCAAUGUGCUUGAACACUACUUCGAACUAUCACGCCCUGACGCAACACGUGCGCUAGGCAUUUACCGGACAUUCGUCAAGCAGACGGAAGCAGUCGUACAGUAUCUCAGUAUUGCGAGGCUGCACGAACACUCAACGAGACUAGAGAUCCCAAAGAUUAAGCACGCACCUACCAGUCUAGCCGCGUCAUUAGAGGAGUAUCUUAAUGACAAAGACUUUGAGAUCAACCGCAGGCAGUACCUUGCGGAAAGAGAGGCAAAGAAGAGUAGCGGCAAAUCCACGAAUGGUACUAGCAAGCUUCUCGAGUCCAAAUCCACAGCAGCGAAGCCAGCGACGACAGCCCAGCCAUCUACAGCACCUUCUAAGCCUACCGUACCUAGUGCACCGUUAAUUGACUUCUUCGAGUCGAUCAAUGAUAACCAGCAGACGAUGGCACAACCACAGAUCCAGCAAUACCCUCAGCAGACAGGCUUCCAGCAGCCCAACUUCCAAAUUCCACAGCAAACGGCAGCUAUCGGCUUUCCACAACAACAGGAACAAGCCUUCAGUCAACAGUCAGGACAAGGAAUGAAUCCGUUUGCUCAGCUCCAACAACAACAACAACAACAACAACAGCAACAACAGCAACAGCAGCAACAGCAGCAGCAGCAAUCACAACUCCAGACGCAAUUCACAGGUGCUGGUUUUGGAGGCUACACACCACAGCCAUUCAGCCCGCAGAAUUCUUCGCUCCAGUCGAUACCCCAGAACGGCGUUCCCAGUUUCUCACAACAACCUACACAGCCACUUCCCAUCAUCGCCGAACCACUGCAAGCGCAGCCCACAUCGACAAAUCCAUUCCGGCAAUCCGUGAUCCCUCCCGCUGCAACUGGCGCCGCAGAACCAAAACUCCUCAGCAACCCCUCAGGUAUUUCCUCUCCUCUCGGCCGAUCACCCACCAACCCCUUCGCCAAACACUCCACUGGGUUCCAGCAAAAUACCCAAUCUCCCAUCACCCUAUCCUCUUCGCCAUUUUCACAACCCCCACAAUCCGGCUCGCCCUUUGCACCCCAACCCCAACAGGGGCUACAAACCCAGCCAGCCGGAACUAAUCCCUUCGCUCGAGGUCCAUCUCCACAUCAAAACGUACCUUUACCGCAAGGAGGCCUCACGGUGCAUGCGACCGGCAGUACUAAUCCAUUCCGGCAGAGCGCGUUCGUAAAUCCACAAACGGGCCAGGGGUGGCAAAACACGGGGAACCAGAGCACCUUUGGAGGUUUAAGCUUGGAUCAGGUUUCGACUACGAGCGUAUUCCCUCGACCUGGUCAGCAGCAGCAACAACAGCAGCAACAGCAGCAGCAGGGCCAGCCUGGGUGGUCGUGA